AUGACGCAAAUUAAUUCAUCUCUUCAGAUUCUGCAGUAGAGGUGGACCUAUUCAGAGAAAGCCGGGUGGACGAGCAAGAAAACCCACCUUAUCGCCUCUGAUUUAUAAAGAUUACAUUUACGGGAAGAAAAAAUAAGAUUAUGGUUAUAGUAAAAAAAAAAAAAAUGGCACAAAAUAAUAAUACGCUAUUACAUCUCUUCGCAGGGGGAUGUAGUGGUACGGUGGGAGCCAUCGUGACCUGUCCUCUGGAGGUGCUGAAGACCAGGUUGCAGUCGUCAGGCAUCACGCUCCGGCCCAUGUUCCAGGUCCAACUGGGCACGCUCAAUGGUACUGGGGUCAUCAGACCAGGCUCAGGCACCGUUACACCACCUAGCCUGCUGCAGGUCUUACGGUCCAUUCUAGAAAAAGAGGGACCACGGUCGCUCUUCCGGGGACUGGGUCCAAAUCUUGUCGGUGUGGCCCCAUCAAGAGCUAUUUAUUUUGCUGCCUACAAAAAGUCGAAAGAGACGUUCAAUGGCGUCUUCGUCCCUAACAGUGGAGUGGUGCACAUGUCCUCCGCUGGCUUUGCAGCCUUUGUUACAAACUCCCUCAUGAACCCCGUCUGGAUGGUUAAGACGAGGAUGCAGCUGGAGAGAAGGGCGCGAGGUGAGAAGAAGAUGAACGCGCUGCAGUGUGCCCGUUACGUUUACAAGACUGAGGGCGUGAGAGGUUUCUACCGGGGGCUGACGGCGUCCUACGCUGGCAUCUCCGAGACCAUGAUCUGUUUCCUGAUCUACGAGACGCUGAAGAAACGCCUGAACGAAGCGCGCUUCACGUCGCCAAACAGCGACACAGAAAAAGGGGCGUCGGACUUCCUAGGCCUGAUGAUGGCAGCUGCUUUCGCUAAGGGCUGUGCUUCCUGCAUAGCCUACCCACACGAGGUGAUUCGGACAAGGCUGCGAGAAGAGGGCAGCAAAUACCAGUACUUCUUCCAGACGGCACGGUUGGUUGCAGUGGAGGAGGGCUACGCUGCUUUUUACAGAGGACUCGUUCCACAGCUUAUCAGACAGAUCCCCAACACAGCCAUCGUCCUCUCCACCUAUGAACUCAUUGUCCACCUGAUGGGAGACUCCUCGCAGUGACCAAUGACGUCAACUUGUUUUGGUCGGCCCAUCCAAGAUGGAAGUUAUACCCCAAGGCACGUUGGGCGUAGAAAAAGAGACAAUCGUGAAAUGUUGUGGACAGACGGAUAUAGAGACUGUUGGUUUCUCUUGAGGGAAUUUGAAAGCAGGUUUUACUGUUAUCCAAAGACCUGAACCUCUAUUUAGUGCACUACUUUUGACCAGGGUAGGGCCCAGAAGUAGUGCACUAAAUAGGGAAUAGGGUGGCAUUUGGGACUCUCACUUAUUUUUUUUAUUUUAAUGGAGGUAUGUUAAGGUGUUCAGAAGAAUUUACGCUCUCAAGAAUUGUGGUACUUUAUGACAGGACAAUUCUAGCCUGAGUCCCAGAUUGGUUUGUGCUGUAUUGCCAACUCCAUUGCUGUCGUUUUUUGAGUUAUGAGUUAUGAGGCAUCACGACACAAACGGAUCUGGGAAUCAGGCUAGGACAACUCCAUAUCUGAGGAGAACUUUAGUUUCUGUUAGCAUACAAGGUAAACAGGUCAUCUGAAUAGAAGAGCACUGUUAAACUAAAUUAUUUAAUGUAUUUUUAUUGUUAUCACUGUUUCUCUGAUGCUUAUCCGUGUUGAACGUCCAAAGAUCCACCACUGUCUUUGGCUACAGGUUAUUUCAUUUUACGCUAAUGAAGGGAAAUAAGGUGAAGGCAAAGCUAGAGUUGUUACUUGCCAGACAAGUGUGUUAGUCAUCAUGAUAGUUCCUGUUUAUUCAUUCACUAGUGCAUGGUGAUUUUGAAGUUUAAUAGAAUUAUCACUGAGUAAUGUAUCAUACUAUUUUCCAUGACAAAUACAGGUUAAUCUGUAUAUUGUGUUUGUUAAAGAACAUGGUCACCUUUUUACAAUAUAAUGACAACGUGAAUGCUUAUUUGACUUAGUGGCUCAAUAAAAUCGCAUCAAUAAGU